AUGCUGACCGAGUUCCAAUACACUGGACCAACCCCCGAUGCCAAAGCAUACACUGAGACAGCCGCUGGCUCCCCUAUACUCAUGCUGCCAACAUUUGGUGCCUCGGGCAUUUUCGAUGAAUCGACUACACUGAACGAGUCGACAAACACUCUUACAACAGGUUCAGUGCUGUAUGUCACUGCUGUUCUCAGUACGACGACGUUCAGCGACACCUCGUACAGCGUGAACGCAUACAACAGCUGGGGAGCCAUCGAGAACAUCAUCCAGAAUCUGCCUUCUGAUAUGCCGCAGCGCAAAGGCCACUUCCUACAGCGCGUGAUCUUUACUAUUGACCAGCUCACCAAAGCUUAUAUCUGGACCCCCGGUUUGACCUGCACGCCAACCUCUAAGUGGCCGUGCCUCAAGGUCUGGCCGCAGCACAGCGAGACGGACUUUACGGCUUCGUCUGUUUGA